AUCACCUACCAAUCUUGGGCCGGCCUUCUCUAGCACCGAGACCUAAGCAUCGUCCACCUCACAACGACCAGCUUAGAGCCAGAGAUCCAUGGCAGGAUCAAACCCGUAGAGGAUGCAAAAUCAGAACCAAGGGAAAAACCAUCAGCAAGGACGUACAUCUGCAUGCACGUAUGCCAUUGAAGGGCGUACUGAGGAAAACCGUGAUGUCAUUCUAGGGCUGUCCUUUCUCUUACAGAAGGCGGAACAGAGGGAAUUAGUGCAUGGUAUUCAAGUGUCAAGUGGUGCUCCUCUCAUCAAUCACCUGCUCUUUGCCGAUGAUAGUCUCAUUCUCUUCAAAGCCACAAUGGAGGAAGCAGGAGUGGUGCUUUGGAUCCUCUCGGAGUAUGAGCGUCUUUCAGGCCAGAAUAUCCGGAUGUUCAAUGUUGCUAUGUUGGGUAAACAAGGCUGGCGCUUCCUGACCAACCCCAGCUCGCUUGUUGCAAGAGUUUUCAAGGCUAGGUACUUUCCUAAUAACUCUUUUUUGGAGGCCGAGUUGGGGAUACGACCCAGUUACUGUUGGAAAAGCAUUCUUUCAGCCCAGGAUGUUCUACGCGGCGGUAUCCGACGUCGUAUCUGUGAUGGACAGGAAACACAUCUUUGGGGUACUCCCUGGCUCCUUGAAGAAGUUAAUCCUUACCCAAGCAUGGCCAGACGUGUGGAGAAUGAAGACCCCUUAGUGGCUGACUUUAUUGACUUUGAUUUGCACUCUUGGAAUAUAGCAAAGCUGGAACAAUACUUUGAGGCCGAUGAAGUGCUGCAAAUUCGCAGGGUCCCUGUCAAUACUAGAAGCUGUGAUGGAUGGUUCUGGCUCGGGGACUUCCGCAGGGCUUAUACGGUGAAAAAUUCAGUUUGGAGGCUCAUGGGCAAAGGAGGGAAUAGAGCCUCAUUAAUCUCUUUCCAGAAUUGGUUCCAAGAUCGGUGCCAGAACGACACUCUGAUGGAGCUGCGUACCAUUGCUUGGACUUGUUGGGAAAUUUGGAAAGCGCAAAACAUAGCCACUUGGGAUCAUAAGACACUGCUUCUAGGAGAGCUUAAGAAAUUGGUGCUGUCCAUGGAAGCUCAAUGGUCGAACAAGGCUGAUGCGGAGCGGGAACAUACUUCACAGCGGCACGAUGUUAGUUUGCGGGCAGAGGCACACAGGUGUUUCUUUGAUGCUGCGACAUCAGGUUUGGAGGAUUCCUUCUCUUUCGGUUGUGUCCUUUUUUAUCCAGGGGGCGUAUAUGUGGCAGCGGCAAAUGGAAGAAAACUUGGGCCUCUAGAUCCUCUUUUGGCGGAAGCUCUUGUUUGCAAAGAAAACGUUGGCUUGGUUGAGGACUCGAGGUAUUCGCAACGUUGAGAUUUUUUAUGACUAGACACAAGUUUGUUUCCAAAAGAUGUGAAAGUUAAUUGACAUUGCUUUGGCUAAUAGGCAUUCUGGUUUAGUAUAACCAUUCCCCCGGCCAUGAUGAAGGCUUAUGUACAACUUCUGGAAGGUCAAUUUAUUGAAACCAAUUUACAGGUGAAAUGAUUAGGAACGUAACUACAUGAAAUGGAUAUGUACAAAGGAUAUAGUUCCUGAUCAGAUGAGAUGAUAAUGAUGUGCCCCUUUCACUCAGAUUUAUGUUCUUCCUUUCUAUGCAAUAAGUAGAGGGUUCCCCUUUCAUUCACUGAUGUCAAAGUACUUUGGAUCAGAUGGAUACUGAUAUUCCACGUGUAACUGCAAAAAAAAAGAAAAAAAACUAUCUCAAUUA